GGAAAAGGUGAUGAAUAGAUAUUUACUUCCUGAAGAAACCUUCAGAUUAAACUUCAAAGACGUAUAAAUCCAGAAUAUUUCUAAUUGAACCACGCAAUGGCCCUAGAAGAACUAGCGAUCAAUCACACAGAUCAUCCCCCGCUUCCGAAUUUGGUACGGUCCGACCCGUCCUUUUCCGCGCCACAUUACGUAAUUCCGCUUCCGGCAUCUGGCUCAGUUCCGCCAUGGCCUCCUUGGAAGUCAGUCGUAGUCCUCGCCGGUCUCGGCGGGAGCUGGAAGUGCGCAGUCCACGACAGAACAAAUAUUCGGUGCUUUUACCUACCUACAACGAGCGCGAGAACCUGCCGCUCAUCGUGUGGCUGCUGGUGAAAAGCUUCUGCGAGAGUGGAAUCAACUAUGAAAUUAUAAUCAUAGAUGAUGGAAGCCCAGAUGGAACAAGGGAUGUUGCUGAACAGUUGGAGAAGAUCUAUGGGUCAGACAGAAUUCUUCUAAGACCACGAGAGAAAAAGUUGGGACUAGGAACUGCAUAUAUUCAUGGAAUGAAACAUGCCACAGGAAACUACAUCAUUAUUAUGGAUGCUGAUCUCUCACACCAUCCAAAAUUUAUUCCUGAAUUUAUUAGGAAGCAAAAGGAGGGUAAUUUUGAUAUUGUCUCUGGAACUCGCUACAAAGGAAAUGGAGGUGUAUAUGGCUGGGAUUUGAAAAGAAAAAUAAUCAGCCGUGGGGCCAAUUUUUUAACUCAGAUCUUGCUGAGACCAGGAGCAUCUGAUUUAACAGGAAGUUUCAGAUUAUACCGAAAAGAAGUUCUAGAGAAAUUAAUAGAAAAAUGUGUUUCUAAAGGCUACGUCUUCCAGAUGGAGAUGAUUGUUCGGGCAAGACAGUUGAAUUAUACUAUUGGCGAGGUUCCAAUAUCAUUUGUGGAUCGUGUUUAUGGUGAAUCCAAGUUGGGAGGAAAUGAAAUAGUAUCUUUCUUGAAAGGAUUAUUGACUCUUUUUGCUACUACAUAAAAGAAAGAUACUCAUUUAUAGUUACGUUCAUUUCAGUUUAAACAUGAAAGAAGCCUGGUUACUGAUUUGUAUAAAAUGUACUCUUAAAGUGUAAAAUAUAAGGUAAGGUAAAUUUCAUGCAUCUUUUUAUGAAGACCACCUAUUUUAUAUUUCAAAUUAAAUAAUUUUAAAGUUGCUGGCCUAAUGAGCAAUGUUCUCAAUUUUCGUUUUCAUUUUGCUGUAUUGAGACCUAUAAAUAAAUGUAUAUAUUUUUUUGCAUAAA